AUGAGUAGUGAAAGUAUAUUUAAUAAGUACAAUAUGAUCAACGGUAAAGUAGAGUGUCGCUUUUGUAAUACUAAGAUUCAAAUGAAGGGGAGUACGCAAAAAUUGAUCAGUCAUUCAGCGAAGUGCAACAAAACAGUCAGACGUGAAUGUGUGAAGCAGACUAAUAGAAUAGCUGAAAUGAUGAUAACAGAUACGAAACCACUUAGUCUCGUGGAUGAUGCCAUAUUUAAGAAAUUUAUACAUUCUGUCGAUCCUGAUUGCAAAAUUCCCUCUCUAGCCGAGUUUUCGGAUGUGAUAAUUCCAAAGAAACAUGAAGAUUUGAUGAAACAACUGGAAAAUAAUAUAAACAGAGAGAUAAAAGGAGGCAAAAUGACAGCAGCAUUUGCAAUUAAUACAUGGACUUCGGUGGACAGUUACGUGUCCGUGGUAGUCCAUUACAUUACAGAAGACUUUAAAGUAUAUAGCUACAUGUUGGCCGUAGAACUUUUGCCGAGAAACGAUGUGUCCGCGUCCGUACAUAAUGUACUGCUAAGUACCUUGGAAACAUGGAAAUUUAAGAGAAGUCUAUCAUCAGUCUUUUGUAUCACAAAUGCGCCGAAUAUCGACGAAUAUCCCGAUAUUCCUACGACGCACACGUAUCUCCCGUGCUUCGAUACCUGCUUGCAAUCAGCCGUGAUAUCGGUGCUGAAGUAUCAGCGUACGGCUCCUACAGCAGGCAGCAAAUUUAUCAAGAAAUGCAUGCGUACGAUUCAAUAUUUUUCGCGAUCGGUGUCCGCCAGGAGAACGUUAACGGGGAGAUGUUUCGAUUAUAACAUCGAGCCUGUGGAAUUAAUAGAAAAAGUUGACACGACUUGUUGGAUUUCCAUGUACACCAUGUUCAAAUGCUUAAUUCGGCUGCGCGAACCAUUAACCGACACAUUGGUCGGCGAGAUUGAAAACUUCAGCGAAGGAGAAUGGACAUUUAUGGAGCAUGUCGCGAUUGUACUGGAAGUAAUUAAAGAGGCGACAGAGAUGAUUCAUACAGAAGAGUACCCAACGUUGUCGCUGUAUUAUCCUACGUAUCGUGCACUGGAAAAUAAGCUCGCGAAUUUCGAUCGGAAUUCAGGGAUAAGCAAACGUAUUCUUCGAGCAUUGCAGGUCGUAUUAAUUGUUUAUCGUAAGGAGUUCAAAGGCUUCAUUAGCAUUGAUGCGUUAAGUCAUGCAACGUUGCUGGAUCCCCGUUUCAAAGAUGAACCAUUCACGAAGGAUUCGGUCCACUCCUUAAAGGAAGGCUUACGUCAAAAGAUUAUAUCUCUACACAUAGAUAAUCAAUCAGGUAAAAUAAAGCCGAAAAACGAAGCGGAAUUUAAUAAAUCGGUAGAUCAAGAAUUGAAAGAAUAUUGGUCUAGAAGGCGUAUAUCCAAGAAAACAAACAUAAUAAAUUGGUGGAAAGUAUACCGCAAACGACUUCCUAUCUUAGCAUCAGCGGCUAGACAUUUUCUGGUCAUUCCUGCUGUUCGAGUAUCUGGCAAGCGGUUUCUCGCGUUAAGAAGCAUCAUUCAAAAUAAUCAAACGAAACUGUCGCUGGAGACUCUGCAAAAGCUCUGUUUCUUACAUGCCAAUCAUGAACUGUAA